CCCCUGGGCGCCGCUGCUGCAGCUGACUGUGUUGCGGACAUGGCGGCCGCAGCAGAGCUCAGCGGUCUCAGCGACGAGGCCGCUUACGGCGCCUGCUCGGAGCCGGAUGCCAGCACGAAGGUGAGGAUUUUAUGUUUCAACAGACAAUGUUAAGAGUAAAGGAUCCUAAGAAGUCACUGGACUUUUAUACAAGAGUUCUUGGAAUGACACUGCUUCAAAAAUUUGACUUUCCAACUAUGAAGUUCUCACUCUAUUUCCUGGCGUAUGAAGAUAAAAAUGAUAUCCCAAAAGAUAAAGCUGAGAGAACAGCUUGGACCUUCUCUAGAAAAGCUACACUUGAACUGACACACAACUGGGGCACUGAAAAUGACGAAAAACAGUCUUACCACAAUGGCAAUUCAGAUCCCCGAGGAUUUGGACACAUUGGAAUUGCUGUCCCUGAUGUCAAUAAAGCAUGUAAGAGGUUUGAAGAACUAGGAGUGAAAUUCGUGAAGAAACCAGAUGAUGGUAAAAUGAAAGGACUUGCAUUUGUUCAGGAUCCUGAUGGCUACUGGAUUGAAAUUUUGAAUCCUAACCACAUGGUGACUCUCACUUAGUUCUAAUGAAGUGUAUUCUAUUAGAUAUGCCCCUGGAGAAAAUCUAUAACAGUGUGAAAUUUUCGCAUAAUGGAGAGGAAUCAGUUGUGUUCAGAGUCUCCUCGAAAACUGUUUCCUGGGACCUCACUGUACUUCCUUUUUUCUUGUCCUGUGCUGCCACGGCAAUUUGUUUCCAAUUAGGAAUACUCAGCUAUUUGUUGGAAGAGCAUUUAAACAGAUUCUCCUCUUGAACAUUGAUUAUCUUAAUAUUUUACUGAACACUACCAAAAGAUACGUAACCAGAAAUCCACUGCAUCUUACAUUGUUUAGAUUUAAAACAGCAACAAAUCCUAUGUUUCUACUGAUGAUCUUCAAUGAGGAGGAAAAAAAAAUAUUCAGAUUUUUUUUUUUAAUGAAGUAAGAAGAUGUUGAAGGCUUCAUGCCUAAUCUUGUAUACUGGAAAAUAAAAUGUCAGACUAACUUUGACUUGAGUAGUAGCAUGUUUUUUGAAAGUCCUAAUCUUGCUUAUGUUAUGCCAGGCAAAACUAUUUAUGUUAUGCCAGGCAAAACUACUUAAACAGCCUUGCCUGGAACAAGAAACUUUGUGGAUGCAAUAAGUCAGUCUACCAGAAGGAAUUCCGUCUUUUGUCUGCCAACUGACAGCCAAGAUAGGAGGUCUAAUUCAUAGUGAUCCUUCUUGUCUCUUCCAGUGCUAGAAAGAACUUGCUCAUAAUUUUUUGUUUCACUGAAAGUCUGGGGCUAUAUUUAACUUAAAUGCUCUGUACAUUCUGUAUUAGGAAAUUAAUGAAAAAGAGUAUCUGAAACGAAAUUCCUACUAGUAGACAUUUUAAUCUGCCCUCUCAGAAUGAGAGAUUGUUACUGAAAUGAUACCUGUAAACAACAGGAAAACUAACAUUUUCAUAUGUUACACAAAUUAUUUGGUUUUAUGCUGCUCCACUUGUUUAUGAACAGUGUAUAAACCAUGUCAGGUUUUGAAAUCGUGUUGUUCCUUCCAACAAGGAAAAAACCCUCCGUCCUGUCUUGCUGUGGUUCAAGUAGCACUUAACUCCUACCGAGUCUUCAGUUAUUUGACUAUUGAGUAGUGUAAUGGCAUUGCAGUUCACUUCCAAAUAAAGCAUUGUUGAGAACUACAAAAUCAUUUUAAAGCAGUAUGACCUCUUGCUUUGCUAACUGUUGAAUCCUAUGUAACUGAAAGGCUAUUUGUUUUGGUUCAUGGAUUCUUUUUUUUUCAGAAGAAAUCUUGUGAUAAUACGAAUUGUGAGUACAGAAAUGAAGAAGAUAAGUGUGUGACUUGGUUAGCAGGAUGUCUUAGUAACUUAAUGAUAACAUGCAGAGUUAGUAAUAACUGUCAAUAAGUCCCUGGCUUAUAAGUUAAAACAGAAAUGUAGAAAGUAUUGCAUUUGAUUCCUACUAUGAUACUGUACAUACUAUGAUGUAGAUGUUAAUAGUGAGGUGUUGCUGUCCUACCUCCUUAUCUGAAAAAUCCUUAAUUCUGUCCACCUCAUCUUAACAAGAUAGCACACAAACUCAGUAAUUUUUCAGAGCUCCAUCUGAAAAAUCAUUCAUAAGACUUAAUGCAAGAUAUUUUAUUUACCCUUGAAAAUGAGUAAAAUAGAUUAUAUCCUUCCUCCGAGCCUUGGGUGUUGGAAAAAUGAAUGUGAAAACAGUUGCUAUGCUUAAUACCCCCUAUGGAUGUACAAGCAAUCAUAAAUUCAUUGGAAGAUAGACAUAGUAACUCAAAAGAAAUUUGUUUUCAAUUUUCUGUUUGCUAUGUGAAUCAGCCCUGACAUUUUAAAUUGUCAUUUGUGUGGUAUUUUCUGGCUGGUCUCUACAGUAUCUACAGAUACUGUGCUUUAGGUGAUGCCUUAUCAGUGUCAUCCAUAUACAGUAGAUUCUUUCCCUUCUUAAAUAUUUGCUAAGUUGCCUUUUUUUCCCCCCCCCAACAAUAAACGCUGUUGGUUCAUGGUUGCAUUCUCUA